AUGGGGGACUCGGACGACGACAUCAACAUCUCCCACGGCACCUGCUACUGGGGUCCUGAUGAAGAAACACACUCGGAUUUUAUACCUUGUGGCAAUGCUGCUUUUGGACACGUCCAGUGCUGUGGGAAGGCUGGUUUCUGCUUUGCUGAGGGCCACGCUUGCUUUAGCUAUGGUGGAAGCCUCACCUACAUGGCGGGCUGCACCGACAGCACAUACGAGGACUCGAGCUGCCCCGAUAAGAAGAUUUAUUCAGACCAGCCAUGGAUGGGAAUGGUUUUCUGCAAUACGACCGUCGAUGAGGAUGGCAGAGGUCUGUGGUAUGUUUACACUGUAGCCAACUUCAUGGUAGGGCCCUUCUUACUGACCAUUCGAAGGGUUGGGUGUGCAGAAAAAGGGAAGCCUAAAGCCCUCCGCAACAAAGAGCAGGAAUCUGAUGAUCUUUGCUUGUGCAGUGCCGAGGCGAGCCCUGCCAUCGAAUCCCGUAUCGUCUUGACGGCAAAAAACCAAAUCGGCAAUCGCUUCGCAAGUCUCCCAUUGAACCUGGGGGAUUCUAUACAGUGGAUAGACAGCUUUACUCCAACAGGAACCAGAACAACCGAGGAGGUAACCAUUACCACUUCUGACUCGUUGUUGACCACUACCACGUCUGACUUGUCGUCGGCGACUUCUUCCAACACCGAUACCGAUUUGGCCUUUGCCUCAUAUGCAACGACAACCAAUGAAUUCCAGGCCGUCCCUUCAGCCACUGAAACACCUGUUGUCGCCGCGCCCUUCAGAGGUCUUGGAACUGCAGAGAAGGUCGGCGUUGCUUUCGGAGCGGUUGCGGGCUUAAUGCUAAUUUUGGGCGCCUUGUUUGCCAUUCGUACUCUCCGCCAUCGAAGGCACGUUAAUGAUUCGGCUUCUGGAGCGGAUCACGGGGAGCAUGCUAAUUGGGAGAAGGGUGAGGGAGCGGCCGCGUUGGCUACAGAAACGUCACCAGUGGUCGGCGAGCUAUCUACGGAGAGUAAGGCGCGCCCUGAGACUCUGAGAUCAGAGCUCGCAGCCAGCUCGCCCACGUCUCCACACUAUUCACGUCUAUCUGAAUUGUCAGACCAUGGCAUGGGGAGACCUGCCAUGCAUCACCAGCCCUAUACAGCAAGCAUGUCACCGCCAUAUCCUUACCCCCCAGUAUUCUCUUCACAGGGCUAUCCAGCCCAAGGCAACUACGCCACAAACUUUCCCCAGCAUGGCUACUCUGCCCACUACACCCACCAAGGUUAUCCGGCAUUCGUCAGCACAGAGUUGGAGCCACACUCAACUCACUUCGGUCAUGACACGGGUCAAGAGGACAACAUAGGUAGCCAAAGACCGCAGCACAGUGCUAUGGAGUUGCCGAGCUAG